AUGGCAGCCCUCCGACCCACGGCGAUUCGUGCAAUGGGAGCCCAGCGUGGCGCCUUCAGGCCGAGCCGCGCCGCCCUCGCACCCGCAUCGAAGCCCGUUUUCCAGCCUCACGUCGGACGCUUCGCCGUCGAGAACGUGUACAAGUGGCUCCCGACUUUUGCCGUCUGGGGCGUUGGACUGGGAGGAGCUGUGACACUGUUCAUGAGCCAGGUGCCCCUGUUCCAAAACGACGUCCUCAAGAAGAUCCCCAUUGUCGCUGGCUACUUCGAGGACACUACCCCCGACGAGGACAAGCCCUUCUAA